GUCCCUUUUAAUAGUCAGCAGUUGCCACAGCGGAAUGAACAGCCAACUUAGCCACUAUAUGCAGCAUAUUACGCAGCAGAUGGCCCUCCAGCUGCAACCCAAGACUGAUUACCAGCAGAGGUUGGACUAGUGGUUGGACUAGAUGGGGGAAAAGACAUGCUGUACUGCUGUCCAUGUUGUCUGCAUUCAGAUCCAGCCCUCGCCGAAGAAACAAUGUCCUCUCAAGGACAACACAGCGAAACACCUGUGACGCAAACUACAAUGAGACAAGCUGCAGCGCCUUCCUAGCAACACAAACCCCUUCAAACUGUCCUCUUCAAUGCAUUAAAUCAAAGCACAUGUAA